UCGGGAGCGCGCGCGAGGCACACCCCCUCCAUCUGCUGCCUCGGGACGGAAGUCGGUCCAUUUUUGCUCCAGCUCGGAGCGGCUCCAGGAGCUGCUCUCACCGCGCGACCGCGACAUGUUCGCCGGGAUUUCGGUCUGCAGAGCCGCAAACGCCGCGUGAGCGCUACCGGCUGCUUCCCAGAGGCGCAGUUCGAGCACAAAACCGCCAGCGAACCGCGGCGCAUUCCUCCACGCAGCCCAGCCGGAGUGUGCAGGGACGAGGGGCGGGAGGGACGGCGGCCUCCCCACGAAGCGGACCGUUUUAGGAUCCACGCCCGGACCCAUGUUUAUUCCCGCAGACGCUUCGUGUUUUGUCGGGUUUGGUCGUCGCUGACCCGAAGGCUCCCCGCCGGCUCGCUGCUCUUAUGAAUGAUUCACGGAGUCUCAGCAGAUGACCCGACGCCUCCCGAGCGGAGCCGAAAGAGGAGCAGCAGCGCCGUGAAUGCUGAGCCCCCAGGUCAUGCUGGCUGCUGGGGGGGGACAUAGUUCGGGAUCAGCCCAGGUUCUAGUGAGACGGACCCCCGAACCAUCCCACUGAAGACUAACCUCCAAUUUGAUGACCUGUGAUUAACUGAGGAGAACUGGCAAAGUCAGUCGGGGCGUGCUCCUGGGGGGUCUGUUGGUGAAUCUACCUCAGUGCUAUGGCUUCGUUUCCAGACUCGGACCUGCAGACGUGUCCCCUCUGCAAGGAGCUGUGCGGCUCCUCUGCUCCCAUAUCCUCCAGCUCCUCUACCUCCUCAUCCUCCUCACAUACCUCAUCGUCCUCCAGCCAGACCACCAGGAGGCUGCACGUCCUGCCCUGCCUGCACGCCUUCUGCCGCCAGUGCUUGGAGGGUCAGCGCAGCCCCAGCGACCCCCUGAAGCUGCGCUGCCCCACCUGCGAUCAGAAGGUCUGCAUUUCUGAAGCCGGCGUGGACUCCCUGCCGUCCUCCAACUUCCUCUUCAGCAACCUGUUGGACGUGGUGGUCAGUUCAGAAGAUCAGAUCCAGAACAAGAACGGCCACCACCACCGUGGGGGGCUGGUGGGAGGUUCCCCGGCCUUCCACCAUUCCCACGGGGGCCUCCUCCACCACCUGGGAGAACCUCAGUGCAGCUCCUGCGAUGAGGAGAACCCAGCCACCUCCCAGUGCCUGGACUGCCAGGAGUACCUCUGUGACAACUGCGUGCGCGCACACCAGCGUGUGCGGCUGACCAAAGACCACUUCAUCGAGCGCCUGGGGGAGAGCUUUCCCUCCAGCAGGGUCAACGCCAACUCCAGCCAGCCGGUGGUGUCGGUCUCCAUCGCCCAGUCGCUGCAGAACAACUUCGCCCUGCUGUCCCUUUUCCAGGACCGGAUGAGCUUCUGCCAGCAGCACGACGGCGAGGUGUUCCUGUUCUUCUGCGAGACCUGCUCGGUGCCCAUCUGCAGGGAGUGCAGCAUGGGCCGCCACAUGGGCCACACCUUUGUUUACCUGCAGGACGCCGUCCAGGACUGCCGCGCCAUCACCAUCCAGCUGCUGGCGGAUGCUCAGCAGGGCCGACAGGCGCUACAGCUGAGUAUGGAGAAGGUCCAGGCCAUGGCGGAGCAGGUGGAGAUCAAGGCCAAGGUGGUGCAGACUGAAGUGAAGGCUCUCGUUCUGAGACACAAAAAAGCUCUGGAAGAGCGGGAGUGUGAACUUCUGUGGAAGGUGGAGAAGAUCCGUCAGGUGAAAGCCAAGUCUCUGUACCUGCAGGUGGAGAAGCUCCACCAGAGUCUGACCAAAUUAGACAGCAGCAUUUCCGCCGUCAGCCAGGUGCUGGACGAGGGCCACCACCUCGACGUGCUGCUCGCCAGGGACCGAAUGCUCACCCAGAUCCACGAGCUCAAGGCUCUCAGGAGCCUUCUGCAGCCGCAGGAGGACGACCGCUUUAUGUUCACGCCUCCAGACCAGGCCUUAUACAUCGCCAUCCAGUCCAUGGGCAUGAUCAGCAGCGGAGCCUUUGCCCCCGUCACCAAAGCCCACGGAGAAGGUCUAAAGAGCGCACUGCGCGGGAAACCCACCUCCUUCACUGUGAUGGGAUACGAUCACGACGGAGAGCCACGCCUCUCUGGCGGCGAUGCCGUGUCUGCGAUGGUCAUGUCAGCUGCUGAUGGCAGCCUGACGGCGGUGGAGGUCUCUGACCAUCAGAACGGCACCUACACCGUCAGCUACCUCCCCAAAACCGAGGGGGAGCACCUGGUGUCCGUCCUGGUGUGCAACCAGCACAUUCAUGGCAGUCCUUUCAAGGUGAUGGUGAAGUCUGGGCGGAGCUAUGGGUCUCUUGGCUCCCAAAUGUCGUCCUUUGGAUGCGAGGGCGAAGGAGACGGCCAACUGUGCCGCCCGUGGGGGGUCUGUGUUGACAAGGAGGGAUACGUGGUGGUGGCUGACCGCAGCAACAACCGCAUACAGAUAUUCAAACCUUGCGGGACGUUCCACCACAAGUUUGGCUCCCUGGGCUCCCGGCCAGGUCAGUUCGACCGCCCGGCAGGCGUUGCAUGUGACACUCAGAGACGAAUCAUCGUGGCGGAUAAGGACAAUCACCGUGUGCAGGUGUUUACCUUUGAGGGCCAGUUCCUCCUCAAGUUCGGGGAAAAGGGCACCAAAAACGGGCAGUUCAACUAUCCCUGGGACGUGGCUGUAAACUCUGAGGGGAAGAUCCUGGUCUCCGACACCAGGAACCACCGAGUGCAGCUCUUCGCCCCCGAUGGCUCUUUCCUCAACAAGUACGGCUUUGAGGGCGCCCUGUGGAAACACUUCGACUCCCCCAGAGGAGUAGCCUUCAACCAUGAAGACCACCUGGUGGUGACCGACUUCAACAACCACCGGCUGCUGGUCAUCCGGCCGGACUGCCAGUCAGCCCGCUUCCUGGGCUCCGAGGGCACCGGCAACGGGCAGUUCCUGCGGCCGCAGGGCGUCACCGUGGACCAAGAGAACCGCAUCAUCGUGGCAGAUUCCCGCAACCACCGAAUCCAAAUCUUUGAGCCCAACGGAAACUUCUUAUGCAAAUUUGGCACACAGGGGAGCGGCUACGGGCAGAUGGACCGCCCCUCCGGCGUGGCCGUGAUGCCGGACGGCGUCAUCGUGGUUGUCGACUUCGGGAACAACCGCAUCCUCAAGUUCUAGACGCUGUUUUGCAUUCUCUCCACCUGUUUUUGCAGUUUUCCUUUUUUUCCCAAUGAAGGAAACCAGGAGAGAGAAUGACUCAGCAGGAAGGAGGCCUCAUCGGAAAAAACUGAGAGCAGGCUGGCUCCAAGGAAAAAACCAAGCUGUUGAUUCUCUUCUGAUGUUCUUGACUCUCCUGUAGAGAUCUGUGGGUACAAAGUGAUAAUCAGUCGAAUAAGGAGCCAUAUUUCCCUUUCCUGGCUCUCAGCUGCUCUCAGUUCUUUCUGUAGGCCCUCCGUUUCUAUACAUCUCAGGGAAUAUUACUCUUCUUGAAACCUUGUACCCUCUGCUCCACACCUACCUCAUUUAGCUCUUUAUGAAUGUACACAGAGUCACUGAGCAGAGGUUUCAGACCGUGAAGUUUUACAAAGAAAGUCUACCUCUUUACUGCAUUAUUUAAGAGACACAAAAAGAAUGGACUCUUGGGUGGUUGUUUGCACAGGAUUCAUGGAAUUCCCGCCGUGCAUUUUUUAAAAUGAGUUAAUGUAAACCUGAAUGUUGUUGCUGAGACAAUACUCAGACGACCCGUUCUCGUUGGAAGCCAUCGCUCCGGAGAUACCACUCCUCUGUGGACGUGGAGCGAUGCCAAAACUUUUUAAGGAAUCAAAAUGAGCUCAGGUCGCCGCGGCGCCGUUCCCAGCGCUCGCCGCUUUCCUCACAUUGUCCCUCUGGCUUUAGCGACUAAUGCAGAGUAUAUUGAUUUAUUUAAUCAGAUCUAAAACCGUCUCCAGUUCCUGAAUAUGUCUCUAAAGUAAGGAAGAUGUGUGGCGGAGUAGAUGAGAGAGGACGACAUGCACCCGGGGCAUCGUCUUCUCUGAAGGAGACGACGCAUCAAAAGAAAUUCGAGUUGAUCCCUUUUGAGAUUUGAGAACUUAAGUCAUCUGGACGUUAAGAAACUUAAGUGAAUAAAUGUUGACCUUUUAGGCGAGGCGGGCUGCGUGAGGAAAUCCUCACAUUUAGACACCCGACCUGGCUGUCCAGAGGACACCUCACUUUGAAGGCCCAACGCGCCCUUAUAGGUUAGGCCCUUCGGCUCCUGGGGACCCAGGACUGAGUCCAUUAUAUAAUCCUAUUUAUUUGUGCUUAGAGUUGAAAAGACGCCUCAUGAUUAAGCUUUGGUAGACCGAUUCCUCUAAAGACGGAGGUCUACAGACCAACUACUAGAGUCAACCAAAGUUAGUUUCUGCACAACAGUCGAUUGCAGAUUUGGCAAUUAAAAAAAAAACUUUAAUAUCCUCUAUAUACUUUUUUUUUCUCUUUAAUUAUUGUUAAAAAAAGCCUAAAUUUCCUAAAAACCCAUUGAGUUAAGUUCACUGCAGCAGAGAACAGCAGGUUCCUGCUCCAAAGACAAACCCUCUCAGGUGUUGCCUCCGGCCAUAAGGCAACACCGCCGUCUCGUUUGAAGCUCAGAAGGGCCAGAACGCCCCCGUUCCCUUCGGACGUACAUCCGCGUGUUUUUUGUAUACCUCAGCUCAUAAAUACCUCAUAGCUUCUGCACAUGUAAACAAUCAAAUACCUCAACUUUCUUCAUUGAUACCUCAGUUUGUUGUCCAGACCUGGAUGUCUCCAGCAUACCUCUUCUUGUGUGGCAGUGUGGUGGAGUGCGUGUUUGAAGGACCAAAGAUGGCGGCUUUGUUUGGCGUUCCGACAGAACCAUGCUGUAUACUGCCUGCUCCGUAAAUGCCUUUUUAUAUACCAGAAACCAAAUGGGUCCGAUGACAGCAUUGUGCCAAAAGCACCGGUGAGUUCUGUGCCAAACGGUUGGCGUGGCGACCGCUGGGCUGCGAUAUCAUGGAUGCAGUUGAUGGAACGAACCUCUUAAAGGAUGCACUUAGGAGGGCUGGGACGUGCUCCUCCUCGCCUCGGUUUGAGACCCUGCGUCCGCAGCGAGGGAGCGUCCGCCCUCAGCACAAGUGUGUCUGUGCGUCUCAGGAUGACGGUUGCAGAAAAGCUCAAACGCGACAGAAACGCCAUAUGGUUUCCCAGCCAGCUGCUUCCUGCUGUGAACGCCGCGUUUGUACCGAUGAAGAUAGUUUUUCAGUAUUACCCUCAUCUUCACUCGACCUGGAUCGCUUUCAUUCUUUCGCUUUUUCACUUUUUUUUUCUUUUUUUUUUUAAAGAUUAGCAGAAUUCUAUCUUUAAGAUCUUAAGAUCUUUACUCUUAAAGAGGAAAAAUGUAUUUUAAACCUUUUGUUGGUGUUUCAUUUCGUUGCAUGCUUUAAAAGUUCUUGUGUUGUACUGACGUCUCCCAGUUAGGUGUUGGAAACUCGGAUGGGGUGUGUAGCUGGAUGUUGGGAUGGUUUUUCAAAUUAAAAAAAUGAGGCGCCCAAAGAUGCGUGUGUGCGUUAGGAUUGGGUCGGAUGACCCUUGACCUUUGCGAUUGUAAUGUCCUCUGCAGAGCACGGCCUACUCAGCUUGGCAAGUCUUUCCCUUGUUUUGAGGGGAGCGGGCGGGAACUCUGCGCUGUUUCUUCGUCUCAGUCCCGCCUUCGGUUCUGUUCCUCGGCUGGGUUCCCGCUCUGUGAUUGCAGGUGUUUGAGGAAAGAAGAGGCGCCGCAGUGUGUGGCGUGCACGGUCGUAGACCUCCUUUAAAUGAUUGUAAGCUGGAAAGGAAAAAGGUUUGAAAACGUAGAAAUAAAAAAUAAAAAAAUGAUCUCAGGUAGUUUCCGGCGGGCUCGUGCUGCUGGUGUCCCACUGAUCCUGUCCCCUAGUGAAAUAAUGUAGUGACUCCCCCCUCUCCGUAUUAGCCUGAUUCUUUUGUGUGCCCUUUACAUUAUUAUCAACAUGAAUUCUCAAUCAGAAAAAAAAGCUUUUGAUUAGUUUCCCUGAUUUCUCUUCUGGAGUUGUAGAGAAAAGUUCAAAUCCUUCACACCACUCGAGGCUCGCCGUUCCUUUUAGAAUGUAUUUUGUGAAGAAAAGGGAUGGACUGGCUCUCGUUGGCGCCGCGUGGUGCUUUUCCCUGCUGGGGGGGUUGCAGGACGGGCCCCGGUGGCAGAGGAAGGUGGGGAGGAUGGAAGGGCCGAGGCUUGAGGGGAGCUCUUCAGACCCCACCAUGGUGUCCUGCCACCCCCCCACCAGCAGGUGAUUGUGGGCGUAGCGCCUGUGCGCUGGAUCUGUUACUUUAAGCUGAAAUCCACUGAAUGUAUCCUGCUCUCAGUCCACGAGCCAGGGGGCGCCGGCGCGGCCAGCUGAGCGGGGAGGAGUGCUGCCGGGUUGGGUGUGAGGGGGUGGGGGGGUCGGUGUGACCAGUCCAAACCGCCUGACUCCCACCCCCCCUCGACACACACACUGAGCCGAGCGCACACGUCAGGUCUUUGGUCCAAAUGAGGCUAAAAUUUCUCGGCCGCUCCCUGAACUCUGUGGACUUUAAACGUUUCCUAUGCAGUUCUCUUGGUUGUUUUUGUUUUGUUUACGCUUAAAUAAAGUUGUAUUUCUUUGGCUUCAA